AUGCAGCUACUCAAAGCCAUCACCCUCACCUCGGCAAUGCUGCCAGCCGCCCUCGCCAAGAUCGACCCCCUCCCAACCUCGACCGACGCAGAGUCGUACCUCUCCGACCACCCAAGCCUCUCCACCGUCGCCACCGGCACGCAAGCGACCUCCCUCGUCAGCGCCAUCUACAGCGCCGAGAAGAGCUGGAGGGACGAGGACAUGUACACGACCAUGUACUCGCACAUGUGGUCAGCCGCCGCCAAGGCCACCAACAGCCCCGACGUGGUCGCUUCGCUGGCCGUGACGGGCUGGUCAUACUGGGACACCACCGAGCAGAGCUGGUGGAAGGAUAACAUGCCGGACAAGGAGAAUAAGUUUGUGUCGGAGUACAUGUCGGAUUGGGAAAGCGCGUACCAGAAGGUGAUGGCAACCGCAACGGGAACUGGGUCCAAGGGCGCGGCGCCGCGGUGCACUGGAAUGGCGAUGGCUGGGGUUGCGGCUGGAGUGGCGGCGGGAGUCAUGGUUGCGAUGUGA